CAGCUCUUGUUAUUACAGGCAUCGAUGCAUGCCAACGCCAGGAUACAAAGAAAUUCCAUUAUCCCUCAUCUCCUGUGUGCUGCCUCUGUGGCGGAAAAAAAAAAAAAAAAGAAAAGAAAACCACCACACCAUGCCGUCCUCAGGACUGGAACGGGGGAGAAUUAUGACUCAGAAAUGAGGAGGGAGAAUUCUGUCCAUGAGCGGAGAGCAUGCACAUUUCCCUUGAUGUCUCCUCUAGUAGCCGUAGUUUCCUUAAUUGUUGUUGAUAACUGCAUCCUUUUACUUCAACUGAGGUUCAUUUCAGGGACUGGAGAGAGAGAAACGCACUCAAGGGCGCCUCCAAAACGUGGUCUGCUCUUAUCUGAGCGGUCAGGAGGGGUGGAUUCUUCUCGACAGUCACUUAUCCAGCGCGAUAGAGAUAGUGGUGGGAAAGGAGCGAUGGGAGGAGUGAGGAGAAAAGAGAGCGAGCGUACUUAACCCUGCCACUGAGUGACUCUUGUAACCAGGGACAAAAGGUAGCAACGCAUCCAACGCCACUUUUCGCCCACGGACUGCUGCGAAGAAAUGAGGCCGGCACUCAGCGCGUAUUCUGACUUAACAAUCUCCAUCACAGGCACCCUGGGGUGUCCUUCGUCUGGCUCGGAUAACCGCCUUCUUCAGCUUUAAUGGGAGCUGCUGUGAUUUUCCUGUAAAAACAAACCCAUGUCAAGGGUGACGGUGGGCUUCAACUGGCAUUCAUAUGUCUGUGUUUUUGGCAGAGGAGAAAACCAGAGAGGAGGGAGUAACAGGUGCGGCUUGUCAAGGUGGAUUUAAAAGUGUGGAGUGAAGCUAAAGAUCAUGGGGAAAUCCAACAGCAAGCUCAAACCGGAGGUGGUGGAGGAGCUUACCAGGAAAACAUACUUCACGGAGAAAGAGGUGCAACAGUGGUACAAAGGCUUCAUCAAAGACUGUCCGAGUGGGCAGCUCGAUGCUUUGGGCUUUCAGAAGAUAUACAAGCAGUUCUUCCCCUUUGGUGAUCCCACAAAGUUUGCGUCGUUUGUCUUCAAUGUGUUUGACGAAAACAAGGACGGACGCAUCGAGUUCUCCGAGUUCAUCCAGGCGUUGUCCGUGACUUCUCGAGGGACCUUAGACGAGAAGCUGAGAUGGGCUUUUAAAUUAUACGACCUUGACAACGAUGGAUACAUCACCCGGGAUGAGAUGCUGAACAUUGUUGAUGCCAUAUAUCAGAUGGUGGGGAACACGGUGGAGCUGCCAGAAGAGGAGAACACCCCAGAAAAGAGAGUGGACCGUAUUUUUGCAAUGAUGGACAAGAAUGCGGAUGGGAAGCUGACCCUGCAGGAGUUUCAGGAAGGCUCCAAAGCCGACCCGUCCAUCGUACAAGCACUGUCCCUGUACGACGGACUCGUGUAGGACUGUGAGAUGGGUCCGACGACUCCUGCGCCAAACAUGCUAAUCGAGCACCAUUGCACCUCUAUCGAGAAGACGCCGAGCACUCUGCCAUCAACUCACUCCCCCGGAACGUGGACUGCCAACUCCAAUCGCAUGGCCGCACAAGCACUUGUGUCAGUAGCUGUUUGUCUGCCUCUCCACUAAAGGACUGUGAAGAACAUAUAUAUUUAUCGCCUGGAGCCUUCCAAGCAAAAGCCUCUCAGUCAUUUCUGCCGCUCAGAGAAACCGCUCCAUCUCAGCGUGGACUCAGUCUGGAAGGAUCUGAACGCAGUUGUAUAUUGUACAUAUGAUUAUUUAUUUUCACCCAUAAAUAAUGGAAUGGAGUAUUUUUUAUUUUGUAUCCAAGUAGUAUUGCACUGUCCUUACUGUGGGAUUGCUUCUUCACAUUUCCUGUUUUUUAUUUGCCGAGCAGUGUUGGAGGAGCCGGUAGUUUACUGUGGAUGAUUUUACUAUGUUUGCUGCCUGUUUGUCCCAUUGUGUUUUUACUUCCCUGCAAGCAUGGGCGACCACUGUCUGCAGUACUGCAUGGCUGCAUCCUGAAUGACGUGAGCAAGCAGCAGCGCCAACGCUCCCAGCAUACAUUUGAAUUGGGAGCAUCGUUCUCCGCCCUCAGCAGACACAAAGACCUGGACUUGGAGAGCAUCCACUCUGGCCGUUAAACCGUUUUUUGUCAGCUCCGUGGUGAUGAUUGUCCACAGCAUGUGAUGAUGCCUUUCUUUUCGCCGGAUUCCUUUUGAAUAUUUAGGGUGUUUUACUACUUGGUCGAAUGCCUUAUGCAAUGGAUUGUUUGCUAAACAAUAAAUGCCAUUUUACCUGUACACCAACAGCAUA